GUCAUCUCAGUUCUCUUCUCACUUCGACUGCAAGAUGAAACUCCUUGUGCUGGCUGUGCUGCUCGCAGUGGCCGCCGCCGAGAGCGGCGUCAGCCCUCGGGCCUUGUGGCAGUUCCGCAAAAUGAUCAAGUGCACGAUCCCGGGGAGUGACCCCUUGUUGGAAUACAACAACUACGGCUGCUACUGUGGCUUGGGGGGCUCAGGCACCCCUGUGGAUGAAUUGGACACGUGCUGCCAGACACAUGACCACUGCUACGACCAGGCCAAGAAGCUGGACAGCUGUAAAUUUCUUCUGGACAACCCGUACACCAAUACCUACUCAUACUCGUGCUCUGGCUCUGAAGUCACCUGUAGCAGCAAAAACAAAGAGUGCGAGGCCUUCAUUUGCAACUGCGACCGCAAUGCUGCCAUCUGCUUUUCAAAAGCUCCAUAUAACAAGGAACACAAGAACCUGGACACCAAGAAGUAUUGUAAGACUUGACUCUCACCUCUGAAAAGCAUCGCCGCUAGCUGCUCAUCUCACACUGUGUCCUCCAAUAAAGCACCUUGUUGAAAGAC